UCUAUCGAACCCGUCCCAAUGCAAACGCCGGCGGCGCCGCUCGCCACGGCCGUGGCCGUCGUCGGCGCCCGCGCAACCCGCCUUCCGCGACGCCCAAACCUCUCCCUCCUCGCCGACCGCUGCGCCACCCCGCGCGCGCUGGCUCGCGUCCACGCGGCGAUGCUUGUCUCCGGCCGCCUCGCCGACGACGCGUUCGCGGCGUCCCGCCUCCUGGCCGCCUACGCCGCCGUCUCCCCCGACCCUGCCGCCGCCGCGCUCGCCCUCCUCUCCUCCCUCCCCUGCGCGCCCAACUCCUUCAUGCUCAACACCACCCUCCGCGCGCUCACCUCCUCCCCCGACCCCGCCUCCGCCUUCCCCUUCUUCGCCCGCCUCCGCGCCACCGGCACCCUCGCGCCCGGCAGGCACACCUUCCCCUUUCUCCUCAAGGCCGCCGCGCGCCUCCCGCUCCCGCUCCCCGUCGCCGAGCAGCUCCACGCGCUCGCCGUUAGGCACGGGGUCCACCUCGACGCCUACGUCGCCAACGGCCUCGUCCGGGCCUACUCCGUGGCCGGCCGCCUCCGCGCCGCGCGCAGGGUGUUCGACGAGUUGCCGGAGCGGAACGUGGCCGUGUACACCACGAUGGUCUCCGCGUACGCGCAGAACGGGAGGCACGAGAACGCCAUCGGGGCGUUCGACGAGAUGGUCCACGAGGGGUUCGAGCCCGGCGGGGCCGCGCUGGCGUCCGUGCUGUCGGCGUGCGCGCGGUCGGCGUCGGGCGGGCUCGAGAUGGGGCGGCGGGUGCACGACCUCAUGGAGGCGCGGGGCAUGGCAGCGCCCCUGGGUGUCGUCCUCGGCACGGCGCUGGUGGACAUGUACGCCAAGAAUGGCGCGAUCCGGGAGUCAGUCGCGGUGUUCGAUGGGAUGAGGGAGCGGCGCGCGGCGACGUGGAACGCCCUAAUCUCGGGGCUGGCGCACCACGGGCACGGCGAGCGUGCGCUGGCCAUGUUCCAGCGGAUGCAACGGGAGGGCGUGCCGCCGAACGCGACCACGCUCGUCGGGGCGCUCUCGGCUUGCUGCCACGCGGGGCUGCUGGACGAGGCGCGCCGGCUGUUCAGGUCAAUGGAGAAGGACUUCGGGAUCGCGCCGGGCAUCCAGCAUUACGGGUGCAUGGUCAACCUCCUUGGCCGGGCCGGGCUCCUGGCGGAGGCCGAGGAGAUGAUACGGGGAAUGACGUGCGAAGCGGACACCGUGAUCUGGGGAGCACUGCUGACGGCCUGCAAGAACCACGGUGAUGUCGAGAUCGCGGAGCAGGCGGUGGUUGAAAUGCUGAAACUGGAUCCUAGCAACCAUGGCGUGUACGUGGUACUGUCAAACAUGUAUGCGGAGGCUGGGAGGUGGCAGGACGUGGACAAGCUGAGGAAGGUGAUGAAGGGAGCGCGGCUGUCGAAGAUCCCUGGGGCGAGUGCAGUCGGUGGCGAUGCCUCACCGGAGCAACCAGAGCAAACGCAACCACUAGCGAAGGUGCUUGUCUAGUUGUCCUGGUUGGUAGCUACUG